AUUGUCGUUAAAAAUAUUUUGUUUUGUAAUAUUUUAUAAUACCUAAGUGUAACACUAAUACAACUGUAUUAAAGUAUAAAUAAAUUUUUAAAAACAUUGUUUUUGUUUUAUUAUAUCCUUUAAACUAUAUAAACAUUUCAUAUUGUGUUAUACAUUUACGUUGGUCAUUAAAUUGAAAAAUACAUAUUAUUGCUUAAAAUUCAGUAAUUUAAUUAAUUUAAGGAACGUUUCAUUUUGGUUUUAUUAAUUCAUUUUAUACUUAUUUUGUUAAAACUGAUAAGUUUAAAGUACAAUUGUUGCAACUAAGAUGAAUAAUCCUAAAGUAAAUAUGAGUAUUCAAGCAACUAAGAAGGUGAAUGGUUUAGCAGAUCCAACUAAACCAUUUUCUUCAUUUAUGAAGUAUAAUAAAAAUGAUCUUGAUAUGACAAUGCAAUUUAUAAAAGCACCUGCCAUGACUACUUUCCUCAAAGCUAAGAUAUUUUCUAUGGUUAAAGACAAUAUGAUGGAAACAUAUAAGAAGUGUCCUUGGGGAUGGAAUGGGAAAGAUAAACGCGCAGAGUUAUUCCACAAAGAUUCUAGGUAUAUUUUAGUUCGACAUUCAAGUAAUAACUCAAUAGCAGCUUUUGUGCAUUUUCGAUUUGACAUAGAAAAUUUGAUUGAAGUUUUAUAUUUAUAUGAAAUUCAAAUUGAUGAAAAUGUACGCGGUAAAGGUCUUGGAAAAUAUCUUAUGAGCCUCUUGGAAACUAUGGCAUUUCACUACAAGAUGAAACGUAUUGUUUUAACAGUGCUUAAAAGUGAAGAGAAUAUAGUAAAAUUCUAUUUUUCACUUCAAUAUGAAAUUGAAUCAUAUUCUCCAAAAGACGCAUUUUAUUAUAUACUCAGUAAAAAAAAAAAAACUCUAGAACUUGUAAAGAACUAAUAUGUUUGUGAUAGGUUGGUUCUGUAAUAAUAAUAAUUUUAAAAACUUUUUAUACAUAUAUUUUAUUUUAUACUAUAUAAUAUGAAUUUAAUACUUUGGGUUACAUUAUUUGUAUCGUUAUUGCUACAAUUUAAAGUUCAUCAUUUUUUUAUGAAAUAAUAUACAAUGUGUUUAAAAUUA